AUGAAGCAAAUCAGUACGAUGGGAAUGGAGGAGAUUGGUGAACGGUCGAGCAAGGAGCUCGACGACGCCAAUUUGGCACGCAUGGGAAAGCGUCCGGUGCUCAAGCGGAAUUUCGGAUUGAUGUCCAUGCUGGGCUUCAGCUGUACUAUCUUGAUUACUUGGGAAGGAAUUGUCGUUGGUGGUCCUGCAGGUGCAGUUUACGGUUUCCUCUUCGUCUGGCUUGGUGUCGCUUCCACAUUCGUUGUUCUAUCUGAAUUGGCGUCUAUGGCUCCAACUUCUGGAGGUCAGUAUCACUGGUGCUCGAUGCUUGCCCCGCGAUCAUGCAUGAAGCUAUUAAGCUAUCUGACAGGAAACAUUGAAGGCUGGCUCACUGUUAUCGGAUGGCAAGCGACAUAUGCAACAUCCUGCUACUUGUGUGGAACAUUAAUUCAAGGACUCAUCGUUCUAACACAGAAAGACUACAACCCCAAAAGCUGGCAUGGAGUGCUCUUAUUCUGGGCUGUUGCAUUAUUUUCUGUGUCCAUCAACGUGGUUGGUGGAAAGCUUUUGCCUCGGUUUGAAGGCUUUAUUUUGAUUCUUCACAUUCUCGGCUUUUUUGCGAUUCUUAUCCCUCUAACCUAUAUGGCCGACCAUGGGAGUGCAAAGGAGGUUUUUACAAAGUUUUUGAAUCUCGGAGAGUUCCCCUCACAGGGAUUGUCCUUCUUCGUUGGCAUUGUUGGAUGUAUAUUUGCAUUUGCUGGAGGCGAUGCCGCAGUCCAUAUGUCCGAGGAAAUCACCAAUGCGUCGACAGCGGUUCCUACAUCCAUAAUGCUGAGUGUUCUUAUCAAUGGCGCUCUCGGUUUUGGCAUGCUACUCGCCAUGCUAUUCUGCCUCGGCGACAUGAGCGAGGCCCUGGAAUCCGCCACAGGGUACCCAUUCAUGUCUAUAUUUCUUCAGGCUACCGGCUCUGUAGCAGGAACUGCCGUUAUGUGCUCCAUCAUUACCACUAUGGGUAUCACAACCUCGGUUGGAAUGUUAGCCUCGGCCUCACGACAACUUUGGGCCUUCGCGCGUGAUCGAGGUAUCCCUGGCUGGCGAGUUUGGAGCCAGGUUCAUGGGGGAACUGCAGUUCCUGUCUACUCUGUUCUGCUGACGACCGUGGUGGUUUGCCUUCUGGCUAUUAUCAACAUCGGAUCCUCGGUAGCCUUUAAUGACCUUGUUGCUAUGUCAAUAUCUGGUCUUUAUAUGUCCUAUAUGGUCGUGGCUGGUCUCUUGCUUCAUCGACGCUGCACUGGGGGCAUCAGCAAUGUCCGGAGCAGUGAUACUGCCGUUGUGAACACUGUUGGUGCGAAACUUGUCUGGGGCCCAUUCCAUAUUCCAGGCAUGUGGGGUAUUCUGAUCAAUACCUUUGCGCUCGUUUAUAUGACAAUUGCUGUGUUCUUCAGCUUUUGGCCACCUUCUUGGCAGGUGACUGUCACGACCAUGAACUUCAGUGUGGUAGGCACUUUCGGGGUGAUUUUCUUGAGUCUGCUUUAUUAUGUCAUCCGUGCCAGGCACGUUUACGAUGGGCCCAUUGUUGAGGUGGAGUAA